AAACAAAACCGUAUUAUUUGCGAUAUUGCUUCCGCAUUGCAAGUGAACGCCUCACUUUGUCUCAUUUGUUGCACCAAUUGUGCUAGUUUUCCUCUUCAGUUCCUACGUAGACGAAAAUCCAUCUUCAUUGUCAAGGUCAUUCAAGGAAAGUCCAAGCAGACAGGAAAAAGCACUUCGAUCGAGUAGUGCCACUUCAGGAAUCCUCAGGCAAGCGGUGGAAGAGAGUUCCAGGAGUGCGUCUGAAACUGCACCGUUGGAAACCAGUGUAUGGGACUGAGGUGGCUUGAGGAUGGCGUCUUAGAGGUGUGUCAGAGAAAAUGACCUUAAUACCGCAAAGCGUAGUUCUUAUCAGCUUCAUUAUGCCGUCGGAGGACACUGCUGUGCCAAGCACACUUGCUUGUAAUGUGACGGUCCGUGCAUCAUGGAACGCACCUCCAUCUUAAACUCUACCAACCAUCACCACCACCACAACAACCACCACCAGCAGCAACAUCAAGUGUCACCAACCCCUAAAAUCAACCACCACUACCACCAGCAACUCGUACAACCCGGCCGCAUCAUGCCAGUGGACCCGCUCUCACGCCGCUUCUACCACGGCCGGAUCACGAGGGAAGAGGCCGAGGCACGGCUACGGAAUGCCGGCUGCCACCAGGGUAUGUUCCUACUGCGAGAGUCCCUAGGUCGGGAGGGCAAUUACGCCCUCUCCUUGUGCUACGAGGACGACGUCUACCACUACGCCAUCGAGCGGCAGUACGAUGGCACAGUGGCCAUCAAGGAUGGCAAGAACUUUGCAGGCCCUAUCGAACUUGUGUCGAAUCAUAUGAACCGAGAGGACGGGCUGUUGUGCAGACUUCUAAGACCAUGCAACCUUCAGCAGGGUAUCGCCGCAAGGGCCUUCAGCGACAUGGAUCAUCAGCAGAUGGAAGGAGCUCUGAUAGAUCUCGCCAAGAGCCAAGGAAUGGCUCCUGAGGUGAUCACCAAGGCACUCCACUCCACUCAGCGUCCGCAGCUGGAACGAGCCCUGAAGAAGAUCAUGCAUCAAGACAAACCCUGGUUCCAUCACAAGCUCUCGAGGGAGGAGGCAGAGCAGAGGAUCGUCUCUGCCGGUCUACAGGAAGGAAAAUUCUUAGUUCGAGAAAGGACAGAAGAAGGAAGUUUUGCUCUGUCGCUGUGCUACAAUAACUUUGUCUACCAUUACAAGAUAGACAAGGAUUGCACCGGCCAACUUUCUAUCAAGGAAGGGCCAAAGUUUGAUAGCCUUAUUCAGAUGGUGGAUCACUACCAGCUGAAGAAAGACGGUUUACUCUGCUGCCUUCUCGUCCCCUGUCACGACAACAACCGAGACACGCCCACUAGGAGGCGGCACUCAGGUGGUCAGUCUAUUCAUGUAGAUGAUGUACAUGAAUAUGAUGCCUAUGCUGGUAUUGAUGAUAAAGCUGUUGACUAUGCUGGUAUUGAUGAUAAAGCUGUUGACUAUGCUGGUAUUGAUGAUGAAGUUGUUGCCUAUGCCGGUAUUGAUGAACUUGAUGCCUAUUCUGACAUUCCACCGCAGAGAGCUGCAGAUAGAAAUCAAAGACGAAUUGCAUCUGAAGAUGGAGGAGGUGUUCCCCCGACCCCUUUGAGAACAGCCCUCUCUGUAUCGGUGUCCAGUCCCCCUGGGAUAAGGGCACCCCUGGAGUACAACCCUUCGCCCCCCACGCCCAACAGGACCAACUCCAGCAACAACGUCAAUGACCUCCACCUGACCCAGAUGGGCGGUCACGGCUGGGACGAGCCCGAACACGAAGGUGAGACGUCGAUCGAGGAGUUUGUACUUGUGGAAGAGCUUCCAUCUCAGAGGCCUAGAGAAUACCACGACGACGAUGACAAGAUUUAUGGAGUAGCCAACGAGCAGGAGAAACUGUACGACUACCUGGCCAAGACCAAGACCACCAAAAAGCUGGACGCUACUUGUCUCAACCUGGGAGAUCAGAUAGGCAAGGGUAACUUUGGGUCAGUAUUAAAAGGCACCUGUAUGGCCAAUGGUCAGCUCAUUCCAGUAGCGGUCAAGACGCUCAAAGCAGACUUUGGCAUUCCAAACUCAGAGCCUGAGAUCGUGAGAGAAGCAGAACUUAUGGCAGGCUUGGAUCAUCCACACAUAGUCAGAAUGAUAGGUAUAUGUCAUGCAGCAGAGAUGAUGCUCGUUCUGGAGCUAGCAGAACUCGGACCUCUCCACAAAUACCUCAAAAAACAUCAGGAGAUGAGCACCAGGAACGUGUUGGAGUUGAUGUACCAGGUGGCACAGGGUAUGUGCUACCUCGAGAGCAGGCAGUUCGUCCAUCGCGACCUCGCGGCGCGAAACGUUCUUCUCGUUGACGAGACCUUCGCCAAGAUCAGUGAUUUUGGCAUGUCCAAAGCUCUAGGACUUGACAGCCAGUACUAUGUGGCAGAAACUGCUGGCAAAUGGCCACUGAAAUGGUAUGCACCGGAAUGCAUCUACAAAUUCAAAUUCAGCAGUAAGAGUGAUGUGUGGAGCUACGGGGUGACUCUCUGGGAGGCUUUGUCCUAUGGAAAGAGACCGUAUGCAAGUAUGAGAGGGCAGGAGCUGAUGCAGUUUAUAGAGAAUGGAGACCGAUUAUCUCAGCCCGACAGAUGUCCAGACGAUGUCUACAGUCUCAUGAGGAGAUGCUGGCUAUCAGAAGCCAAGGAUCGACCAGGCUUCGGAGACAUCGAAAGCGUCUUGUCGGAUAUUCUAAAGCGCCUGCAGGCAGGGACCCUGAGAAUGAGAACGGACAGGCAAUGAGAAGCAAAAGGACUCAAACAACUCUAAGCCCAAAAGGGCAGGCAGAAGGACCUAUGUGGGCAAUACUUGUAAAACCUCUUUGGACCAUUCAUGAGAAGAUCCUGUAGGAUGGCUGGUUUUGGGACGACUCAGAGAUUUUCAAAUGCACGGUGAUAAAAAUGACAGUAUCCUCCAAAAUCGAAAGCAUUAUGGCCCUAGGAAAGUCGUGACAUCUCUUAGUACGGCUUACAUCGGAAAUCAUUUGUGCGAGAUCUCUUUAAUACCGCCCUCUUGAAGCACUUGGGUGUAUCUUGGAUGAUUGAAGUUACCACCGUGGAGUUUUGAAACGGAUGACGCAGAAUUCCUGCAAGACUGAGGGACCUUGGGCUAGAUGUUCCUUUGGUGGUUCAUCAGUGGAAAAUCCCUUAACAAUGCUGUGAUGCACAUGGGUCAAUCUUGGGCGCUCCGUGUCAUCGCAGGAAGACUUUUGAGGUGAAUGAAGCCAUUCCGUCGGGACUGAAGGUCCUAGCAUCAGUUGUUCUUGAAUGAUUCCGGGUCAAGGUCUUUGGACUCUGUCAAGGACUUUAUUUUUCUUAGUGUGUAACACGAGGCUACAACAUUUGAAAACCUGGAUGAUCUCCUAGCUCUCGCCAGAGUAGGAUCACUUCAUCAAAUUAACUUGGGAUAUCACCACCAAAUACUUCAUCCGAACUUCAAAAUCAGGCAUCCAGCGAUAGGGUUGAAUAGCAUUGCAAAAUAUGUAUUUUAUGAGUGUUUGCAAUAACAUUUGUAAGAAAAGAUGUAAUUUUAUCAAGAAAGAGCAAAAAAAA